GUGGGACAAAAAUUGAGGUUAUGUUAUUGUAAAGUAAUAAUUUUAUAAUAAUUCCAUUAUACAAUGAUAUCACAAAAUGCCUUGCUCAAACGUACAUGGCCCAUGGUCAUACAAUGCGCUGAAGCUCACAGAAAACCUCGUUGGUUACCAGUCGCCAAAAGUAAAAUUUAUCGGAUUCCCAAAAGACCCCAAGUCUCCGAAGAAGAGCGAUUGGAAUUAUUACGAAUAAACAACAAUUACAAGACCCAAAUGCGUGCCGUAAGGAGGUUCUUUCACGAAGAAAUGAUCAAGGAAAAGUCUAGCAAAGAGAGUGCCAGUUCUGAGAUGUCUCAAAAUCUUGAAGCUGAAGAAUGGAAGCGCUGUGUCGUAAUUAAUGACACAUGGAACGCCCAGGUGGCAUUAGAACGGGAGGAGAGACGGAAGAAGGAACUGGCAACCAUGGAGGAGACUGUGCUCUUACGGAUGGAGAAAGUGGACCAAGAGAUGAAAGAAAGAAAGGCGAAGGCUUCAGAAAAAAUAAGAAAACAGAUGGAGCUGGCAAAGACAUUCAUCACACCAGAAACACUUGAAGCGGCUAUCGACCAUGCACUGGCAAACCCUGUUGACUACAACUACGCCAUUGACCUGAAGGGACACAGGUUCAUGGGCCGGGACACCCCUGCAGUGCUGUCAAAGGAAGAAAUAAUUCAAGAGAGAGCCAAGAAUUAAAUUAGAUUUUCUAGUUUUUAGGAUCAAACCAUCCAACAUCUAAACCCACUUAACCUUUUGAAAGAAGUAAGUAAAACUGACAAAAUCUUUAUCGUGAUAGAUUUUGGAAAUUAAUUUCAAAGGUUUUUUUAGUUUUGAACAUUCACACAUGUUGUACAUUUUUACAAUUUUCAAAGGUUUGUGUAUUGCAUUUUUAUUGUGACGUGUAUCUUGUCCAUUGUACCCACAAAACAAGCUUUACUUUGUGGGCAGUCAUCUCAUGAACAAACUCUUUAGAGAGCAAAUUUGGUUUUAGUAAUUGAAACCAUAUUGUACAUAGAAGGAAACUUAAUAAAUUAUAUUUUAAAAUG